ACUACUUGCUCUCUUUUGCUCUUCGCGAAGACGGAAAAAUUCCAUAGAAAUUCACGAAAAGAAUUGAAGAAAUCUCCGACUUAGAACCCGCGCAAGAGAUCGAGAUCGAUUUCGAGGAAUAGUAUUGUUCUGUGCGAUGCUGUGGAUCGAUCUUGUAAUUGCGUAGAUUCAGUGUAGUAGGAGUGAUUGUACAAGAACAUCAAAGCUAGGGCUUAGAAGGUUUCAUUUUGUGUAGGAUGGCUUCAGCGAGUGUGGUGCCAUCAUUUGGUUUGAAAGCCACUACUGGUACUAACAAUGCUGUGGACAAGUUGCCAGAUGAAAUGAAUGACAUGAAAAUAAAAGAUGAUAAGGAAAUUGAAGCCACAGUCAUUGAUGGCAAUGGGACUGAAACAGGACAUAUAAUUGUAACUACUAUCGGCGGUAGAAAUGGUCAGCCAAAACAGACCAUUAGCUAUAUGGCUGAACGUGUUGUGGGACAUGGAUCAUUUGGAGUUGUCUUCCAGGCGAAGUGCCUUGAGACUGGAGAAACAUUUGCCAUAAAAAAGGUUCUUCAAGACAAGAGAUAUAAAAACCGGGAGUUGCAGACUAUGCGUCUUCUUGACCAUCCCAAUGUCAUAUCUCUAAAACACUGUUUCUUUUCAACAACGGAAAAGGACGAACUGUACCUUAACCUGGUUCUGGAAUAUGUACCUGAGACUGUCCACCGUGUAAUCAAACACUACAACAAGAUGAACCAGCGUAUGCCAAUGAUCUAUGUCAAACUUUAUAGCUACCAGAUUUUUAGAGCAUUGGCUUAUAUUCAUGGCAGCAUUGGAGUGUGCCACAGAGAUAUCAAGCCACAAAAUCUUCUGGUUAAUCCACAUACACAUCAGCUGAAACUCUGUGACUUUGGAAGUGCAAAAGUCUUGGUGAAAGGCGAACCAAAUAUAUCAUAUAUCUGCUCUAGAUAUUACAGAGCUCCUGAGCUUAUAUUUGGAGCCACUGAAUAUACCUCAGCUAUUGAUAUCUGGUCUGCUGGAUGUGUCCUUGCUGAACUCCUGCUUGGACAGCCUCUCUUUCCCGGUGAGAGUGGAGUGGACCAGCUUGUUGAAAUUAUAAAGGUUUUGGGCACACCAACAAGGGAAGAAAUCAAAUGCAUGAAUCCAAACUACACUGAGUUUAAAUUUCCACAAAUUAAAGCGCACCCAUGGCACAAGAUCUUCCACAAAAGAAUGCCGCCUGAGGCUGUAGAUCUCGUUUCCCGGCUUCUCCAAUACUCGCCAAAUUUGAGAAGCACUGCUUUGGAUGCAUUAAUACAUCCCUUCUUUGACGAGCUUCGAGACCCCAACACCCGUCUACCUAAUGGCCGCUACCUUCCCCCUCUCUUUAACUUCAAGCCUCAUGAACUAAAAGGAGUGCCGACCGAAGUUCUAGUGAAGCUGAUCCCAGAGCAUGCAAGGAAACAAUGUGCCUUCCUUGGUCUGUGACUUUGUACUAUUCACAAUACCGAUAGCCUUGAUGUACGCCUGAAGUGACGAACCGUAUCCUGUUGUAUUGGGUGAUUUAGCAGCGUAUUUGGUGUAAUUGUGAAACAUCUCCCAGUCUGUUGCUACAUUGUACCACCAUUGCUGCCAGCAGUGUAAAUCAAACAGACCGAAAGCAUUGGCUCCUUGAAACACUUGAUGGGUAUCCUUGCUAACCCGUUUACCGCCUCCCGUAUAAAGUAACGAUUGAUCUGUAAAAUCACAUAUAAGAGACAGAUAGAUGUCGAUAUUUGUCUAGUCUUAUGUAUGGAUCACCGAGGCUCCGGCCCGAAAUUUCUGCAGUAUGUGAUCCUUAUUAUCAUGCCCCUUGUCUUCUGUUUGUCAUUUUCGAUCAAUUUCGUAAACUACAAGUGAAUGAGAUAUGUAAUCAGUUUGUAUUAUCUUUGAACACUGAAGUUUGUUUGUCUUUGUUAUACCAAUGACUUUAAUUCAGUAUCAAAAUUAUUAGACA